AUGGAACUGGAACGAGAAAUGACAAAACAGAUAGACAACAAAGAGGAAGUGAAACCUAGUACUUCCGGUUACUCCUAUCGUAACAGCUCUCGUGUAGGUGUUUAUGUUGGUAAAGAAACACCAUCUGCGAGUCGAACGGACGUUACAGAAGAGAAGGAGACAAUUAAACUGUCCGAAUCAAACCGCACUGUUCGAUUGAAAGAUAUUUUGAAAAGCCGGACUAUGAGUAACCAAUUAGCUGGAUUGCCCACUUAUUAUACUUUGGUUAACGGAGCGUUUGUUCCGGUAGCGUUGGGUCCUGGACAGCUUCCAUAUGGACCAGUACCGUAUUAUGUCUACAGCAAUGGGGCGUAUGUCCCGGUAGCACAACCAAUGGCAUACGUACCGCAACCGCAUUUCUAUGGACCGGUACCGGCAGCGCAGCCACAACCACAUUUACAGCCACAGCUACAGCCACAGCUACAGUCAUACAUGUAUCAACGGCCACAAGUACCACAGUACGAGCAUUCUGUAUCCGUAGAAAAGGGUGGAAUGCCGCCACCAUAUUGCCCGUCGCAACCAUAUGUGAUGGUUUGUGCUAUAGACUUCGGUACAACCUAUAGUGGUUAUGUUUGCUCCUGGACAAAGGAGUAUAAAGAGGAUAAAUUGAAGAUGUUUUGUCGGACAUGGAAGGGGGCGCACGGCAGGACAGAGAAAACACCUACUGUAGCUCUAUUUGACCCGGAUAUGAACUUUAAAUUCUUUGGACAUGAAGCUGAAACAGAGUAUGCUAAUUUGCAACCGCCGGAGAGAAAGAAGUGGUACCUAUUUCAACAAUUCAAAAUGAAACUCUAUGAAGCUGAGGAUCUAAGCUUAGAAGCAACGUUGAGGCCAUUUAACAGAAACGACAAAAAAAUAGCCGUGGAUGUGAUAGCAGCUAUACUGAAAUAUCUGAGGGCUGAUGUCCUGGAAAAUGCCAAGAGCAAAAACUCAAACACCAGUCCUGACUCCGAUAAGAUCCGCUGGAUUCUUACAGUUCCUGCAAUUUGGAGCGACAAAGCAAAGAUAUUUAUGAGAACUGCUGCAGAGAAGGCUGGAAUCGACAAGGAUAAUUUGUCGCUCGCACUAGAACCAGAGGCUGCUGCCCUCUAUUGUCGUCACCUCAAUCCCGCUUCGACGUCACAAGGCCAAGAUAUUCCAAAUACUCGACCACUGGGAUUGGAAAGAAAGUUCAUGGUAGUCGACCUCGGGGGAGGAACAGCGGACAUCACUGUUUACCAGCAGUCAGAAGGUGGAUUUCUUCAAGAAUUACACACACCAACAGGUGGUCACUGGGGUGGAACAACAGUAGACGAAGCCUUCCAUAAGAUGCUAUUUGCUAUAUUCGGAGCAGAAGUCAUCCAUAUCGCAAAGGAGGAACAUCCAGGAGAAAUGCUAAGUCUUCAACAUAACUUCGAGAGUGCCAAACGUGAAUACAUCCCAGGUAAAAAGGAAAAAGUACACGUGAAGAUCCCAGCAAUACUGGGGUCAACAUUAAAAGAGUCAACAGGCCAAGAUAUAGAUGAAUACAUGAAAGACAUUGGACCAUCUGGAGAAGGAGUAUCAUUUCUUGCAGAUAAAAUGUCGAUUAGCGACCAGAGGUUCGAAAGGCUAUUUAGUACGUCGCUAGGUAACAUGAUCCAGCAUCUCGACGACCUGAUGCAACAUGACAACAUCAUGCCCCUAGACGCCGUGGUGCUCGUCGGUGGAUAUUCAGAGGCAAAGAUCAUUAGAAAGCAACUGGAAUCCUAUUUUAGUGCAACAAGAUUCAUAUCACCACCUGAUCCAUCCAUGGCUGUAAUGAAAGGAGCGGCGUUGUUCGGACACGAGCCUUUGGCGAUCGCCUCGCGGGUGUGCAAAUAUACAUAUGGUAUCGCCAUAACUGUUCCAUUCGUUGACGGAAAACACGAUGACAAGAAGAAGAAAAAAAUUGGUAACGAGAUUGUUUGUGACGAUGUUUUCGACAUUCACCUAAAGAAGGGAACGCAUGUUUCCAUAGGUUCGCAGCACGUGGUAAAGGAAUUGCGCGCUCCUAUCAACCAUAACGAAAUUUUUGUGGAAGUGUACGCGUCACCCAAAGAAUGUCCAAAAUAUGUGACGGAAGAAAACUGUACACUUCUAGGAUCUGCCCACGUAACAUUGUCAGAUGAUAUCACAAGAGAUGAUCCUGUCUACGUCAAAAUAAUCUAUGCUGGUACAGAACUUGAAGUCCAGGUAAUUGAAGGAAGGACUAGGAAGACAUCACGAGCGAAGGUUAAGUUUGUAGGAUAG